ACCCUAAAGUUGAUGGUGUGAAAGAUAUUGUUAAAAGUUGGUCAAGUCAGACGGGUCUUGAAAGUCCUUCAUCAUGGGUUGAAUUAUGUCGUAAGGUCAUGUCAAAAACUGGAUCUGUGGCAAGCGCAGGUGCACCUAUUGAGCCACCAACGUUAGAUAUUACUGGCGAUGGUGGUGACGAAGAUGAAGGAUUUAGUAUUGAACAAUCUUCCGGUGUUAAUGUUGCUGCACAGAGACGUCGGAGUCUUGAGAAAAAACCCCACAUCUCAUCUGACACCGUGCAAAUACCACCCAGAUGGCGAACACAACUUUUUGCACUUCAAUGCCUUCACCACGUUGUUGAAAUUAUCCAUGCUAGUGGGGAUAAAGAUCAUUUUGAUCUUGCAAUUGCUAAAAAGGGCAAACAAGCUGGUAAAGAUUAUCUAGUUUUAAAAGUAGCAGAGCUUAUUAAAAUGGCUUUUACGGCUUCAACAGCUGUAGUGGGUGAAAUGAGAUUAGAAGGUUUAACAUUGUUAAGAGAUUUGAUUGAGAAAUUUUCAGCAACUCCUGAUCCAGAUUUUGAGGAAGCGGCUCUUUUGGAGCAGUAUCAAGCACAAAUAGGCGCGGCUCUUACGCCUGCUUUUACGGCUGAUUCAUCUCCAGAAAUCCUUUCAGCAGCUGUCAAAGUAUGUGCCGUAUUUGUUGGAAGUGGUAUUGUGAAAGAGUUACAUCGAAUGGGACGUAUAUUGAAACUACUAACCACUGCCUUAGAAAAUUGUAAAGAUAAUUCAAGUGUGACCAAAGUCGGUGAUUUUAAAGAUUUAAGUCCUCAUGCUGCAAUAAUGGUUAAACUUUCAGUAUUGAAUGCUUGGGCAGAACUUCAAGUCGCCAGCACUAAACAAACUUAUCUGGUUCAAGUCGUUCAACCAAAUUUACCCUUACUUUGUCCUUUAUGGAUUUCAACAUUGAAAGAAUAUGCCAGAGUGCAGAUCGAACCUGAUAUUACUGAUGCCCAAGCCAAUAUUAUUGGCACUGGGCCAAUGCAGAGUACCUCUCAAUUUGAUUCGAUGUAUAGUGGGUUAACUAGGGAAGUUAUUCUUCCGUACUACAAUAUGUCAUGGCUAACUAUUUUGGGAGCCGUCGCGUGUUUGGUUCAAAAGGAAAAUCCAUAUAUUAUUUUUGCGCUUAACGGAGAAGAAAUUACAACAAAUGACAAUACAAAUGAUAUCAACAAAUAUGAUGAUGAAUUUGAUGAUUUUGGUGAUGGCAAUAACGAGUUUUCUGACGAUUUUACUGCAUUUUCUCACGAGAAAGAACCAGAAUUUAAAAAAGAGCCUGCAAAAUAUUUCUUUAUACUCUUCGGACUUUGUGUUGAAGCAUUAUCAAAUACAUUUGGUGGAAGUAGUAGAAGCAGCGGUGUUGGAAAUAAAGUUGAAAAUAAUGUUGAAAAUCAAAAGAUUGUUCGUACCUGCAUUGAUGCGCUUAAAGCCUUUUUGCGACCAGCAGUUGCAGGAAACACAUUUCUUGAUGAAGAUAUUUUUAUCGAGUUAAUUAAUUUAUUUGAUCGAUUGGUACUUACUGAAGGAUUUAAAGUACAAUAUGACAUCAUACAAAUUAUUGGAAAUAUUAUUAAAGAUUUUGGAGCAGCGUAUAUCUGUAAAGAUAUACCGAAAAAUAGCAUGAAAAUAAAUGGACAUAGCGAAGAUGAAGAGACCAUUGAAUUCACCGAAACUGAAACAAUACUUUUUCAUAUACUACGAUUAUUGGUCAAUAUAUUUUUCCAAAAAAUUCCAUCACUUUCAAACCGUCCAGAGGUUAUGAGAAUAUUUAGGCUACCGCAAGGAAAUGCAAGAGGCCAAACAUCACAAGAGACUACUGUUCUCCUAAAAUUUACGAUAGAUGCCUUUACAUCGCUCAUAACGAUAGUUCCAUCAAAAUACAAGAUUGAUUUAGUUGCUAUUGCAUUUUAUGUUUACAUAUCUAUCAUUCAAGAUCCUAAAUUUCAAAGCGAACUAGUGCCUCAUGUGCUUGUCAACAUAAAACUUUUAUGUGAAAAUAUUUCUGCUCAUCUUGAGGAAGAAGAACUCUAUACAUUUAGUCGUGUAGUUCACUCAACAAUUUCUUCUACACUGUUACAAAUUAACUCACUCACUAAAGGUCAAAAUUCGUUAAAAGACGACGAAGUGUCCGUAGUUAAAAACAGUUUAUUGACCGCAACAAUAAUUUUUACUUCUUGUCCAAAACAAUGCACCGAAAAUACCGCAAUACAAGCCGAAUUUAUGGAAAUAUUAAAGAACGGAUUCUAUUCCGACAUUGAUAUGAUUGCAAUAACAUCAUUCCAAUGUACACGUACUUUGAUAUUACUUUCUGCUAAAAAAGAAACUAAUGUUGAUACUACAAAAUCGAUUCAAAUGAGCCAUAUUUUCAUAAAAACUCUUAUUCCGGAAGCAGCGGCUUUUUUGCAAAAAAUCAAAGAGACUUGUGGAGUUGAAUGUACAUCUCAAGAAAAUUCUUACAAAUUAGAUGUUGUUGAAGAAUCAAUAAAAACUUUACUGACCACAAAUGCAGUAGCACAAGAUUCACACAAAACUGCUCUAAUGGCAGUCACACUACCUACAUUGAUUCAGUUGUUGGCUGAUCCACCGCUAGAGAAAUAUAUGUCUUCAGAAGAAAAUAAUUCACACACACUUCCACCACUGCACACAUUGUCUGUUACUCAUAUUCUAUCACUUGCAGGAUCACAACCUCAAAAUUUUAGAGAUGCAGUAGCAGUACUAUUACCCGGACCUAAGGCUAAAUUGGAAGCAGCAAUUCGAUUUAAUGUUUUGCAGCAGCAACAGCAACAACAAAGGUUGCAAGAGGAAAGAGACAGGAGAUAUAACGAAAGAAUUGAAUUGAACAAAGGACCUAGCAUAUCUUUGAAAAAUGAUUUUUCUGGAUUUGCUUAA